UUCUAUAAAAACAUAUUCUUUGGGUUUUAUAAUUCAGAUUUGGAUUCACCGCACCCGGCAGGUUUCGACCUACCCCUACGUUUGUGGUAGGUCUGACCACGUCAACGGCCCUGGGAGGCUGCUUCCCUUCAUCAAGUGGCGCGCGUGGAACAUUACGUUAACGCCUACAGACCAGAAGCCUUCUAAUGUAACCUAUCCGAAUCAGAAUGGUUUUGUAAUAACGGUAAUAAGGUACUUCCGAAAUUCACGGGUGUCUAGAUUUUUUUACAUUUGACACAAAAUGUUAUCUAAUGGUGUAUUUCUUGCAAUAUGUUCAGUUUGCGUGGUCUUAGGAGUGAAACAUGGUUUUCUCCUUCUUUACCGUCCGAUUGAAGUUACUUAUGACUGCGCCUUCUCUGGACGGCUGCGAUAUGAUCUAUCAUACGGCAUGGGAAUGUCAGACACUAUUACUUUGGUGUUUCGCACACUGUAUGAGACCGACUACGCGUGCAACAUAGACAUUGUGGUGGAAGGAUACGAUGACACAUUCCUCGUGGUGGUGAUCAAGUUCCCUACAAGCAUCGCCCUCAACUGCCGUGCUAACACAGACGCCUUUCAUGUUAUGAAAAAAAAUAAAUGCUUUCGCCUCUGUGAUUUAGUUGCCACCAACGAUUUACUCUCUGAAUAUUUCGUUAUUACAGUUAAAGGAAGGAUUCGUUUUAAAUUUCGAAGUAAUAGCAGCAUCAACUCCGAUAUAAAUGCUGAUCUAUACCAAGUGACGGCAACCUCUGCCCGCGCGCAGCCUCCAACUAAAUGCAGCCCACGGAACGAAACACUCUGCGUAAUAGACACACAGGAGUUCUGCUUCACUAACGGUGUUGUUUGCGAUGGCAUUAAAAACUGCGGCGUUUCUGAUUGGUUUGAUGAACGUAAAUCUGAAUGUAGUCUACCAGUUGAAUACCUGGGCCAUGCGCCUGUCAUUGCUGUGAUUGGGGCGAUAGUCUGCGCGCUCCUGGCUGGUGGGCACAUCCUUAUAAGAUGCCUUCCACCCCUUGCCAAUUCCUUCUUCAUAUUUAAUGCGAAUGAGGACAACCGACUUUGCAUCGACCCUGUGUUCGUAAGUCCAGAGAAGGCAUCAUUUGAAGUGGGUCGAAACAGGAGAGCGUCCCUAAUUCCGACGUUCUCCAGUUCAUCAUCCAGCUCCCAAUCGGAAAUAUUAGAUGUUCAGGAUAGUUCUCUUACCAGACAGCAAGGGGCUCCUGAUCAAAAUAAAACGCAUUUAUACCCGUCGGUCUCAUCGAUAAAAGAACCAAAACUACAUGCUAGUCGGUCGAGUACAAUGAAAUCGAUGACUGCAAGGCUUCAAAAAACGAUACGUUCUGUUACUGGCCGAAGGAAGAUCAUAAGAGCUUCGUUAACCGGACCAGAGGCUGGAAAUGAAAAUGCAUGAAAUUUGUCAUUACCUACGACUAAUAAACUCAUUUCAUUAUUAAGACUA